AUACGGAAGUGCGCUAUCGUUCGUUAUAGACUAAGGACCAUGGACACGGUUAGCUAACAAGGCUAAUCUUUAAUCUUUAUAUUUAUACAUUUAAAGAGAUACCGGUUAACCUAAGAAGAAUUCCGAGUGGAUGCUGACAGUGGUGGACAGUUGACUGUUGACAUCUGUCCUAUCUCAGUCACUGCAUCAGAAUGGUGGACGAUUUCGAGAGUCAGGAGGUCCGGUCCAGCGGGGAGCUAUGGUCCGAAAUCUGUUCGAAUCUGCCUGAGGGGCGAACUGAAGCACCUCCGGACAACAACACGGAGUUUAAAGACUCAUUCCAGCCAGCAGCACCUGUGCACCAGGUCAAUGGACAAUCUAAUGGAACAAAUAUCAGUACUCCUGCCGCCAAAUGGGAACCAAUGGAGGAUUCUGAGAUGUACAUAGCCAGUCUAGAGAACCGCCUGAAGAAGCUAAAAGGCCAGUCCAGUGAUGUGACCUCCAGGGACAUGUUGCGCUCCUUGUCUCAGGCUAAGAAGGAAUGCUGGGACAGAUUUCUGCAUGACGCUCAGACCUCAGAGCUCUUCCAGGGCGGUGACAUGGAUGAGAGUGCAAUGGAACACUUCAAGAGAUGGUUGAUUCCUGAGAAGGUAGCCAUCAGUGCAGAAGAGCUAGAAUUUCUCCUGCGGCCGUCACAGAAUAAGGAAGCGUCUGAUGUAGACCAAACACAGGAUGAUGAGGCAGAGGCUGGAACACAAAAUCCGGAGGAGGAUGACGCUCACAGCCCGGAGAAAUAAAUGUGUUUAAACACAGAAAGAUGAACUCAUCCUGCGUUCAUUCAGUAGAGCUGACUUGUUUCUCCUACGCUCUUGUGAGUGUCAUCGUGUCGUAGCGGUGUUUUGGCCCAAGCUUUUGUUAACAGUGGUCAAUGAAACCAAUUACAACCUGCCAUCAUCCUCCGUAUCCCUGGCAACAGAGUGUUAAGUCACAUGUGUUUUGUCCUUGUUUUACAAACCAUCAACCAAAUCUCACCGUAAAAAUAUGUUACAAAAGAUAUUGUAAUUAGACUGUUUGUCUCUUAGAAGCAGAAUCAUCAUGUACCGUCUAAUGACUUCUCCCACAGUGUCUGUGACGUGACUGACUCUUUGUUUACAGCACUUGGACGAAGACUAAUGAAGGACCACAUGCACUACAUUGUUAAUGAUACUGAUGACUUUACCAAUGUGUUAUCUUCAAGAGAUGAAAUUGUCUGUUUUUAAAUGGUGUCAUCUAGACUAGGAAUAUAUCCCCAGAAAUAUUGUAACAUAUCUUUAUUUUUGCCAUGUUGAUUUUACAUAUGAAGUUUUACCCAUGUUUCAAUAAAAAGAAGUAGAAUCCAUCCCA